AUGCAAAACACAUUUAGUCCAACUCUAAGAGUUGCCAAAGUUGUUCAAAGUCUGUGCCCUGUAGGAGGAAAAGCUUUCAGGCUGCUGAAAGCCCAGCAGGAAGAGAGGCUGGAAGAGAUCAACUACCAAUUCCUGGAUGAUCCCAAAUACAGAGCUGACGAGGACCUGCCCUCCCAAAUGGAAGCCUUCAAGAGGAAAUACGUGGAGUUGGACCUGAACGGAAAUGAAGACACUGGUGAGGAAAGCAUGUCCCUGAAGAGAAUGAUGAAGAAACUCGGGGUCCCCAAGACCCACCUAGAGCUAAAGAAAUUAAUUGGAGAGGUCUCCAGGGGCUCUGGGGAGACCUUCAGCUACCCUGCCUUUCUCAGAAUAAUGCUGGGCAGGAGAUCUGCCAUUCUAAAGAUGAUCCUGAUGUAUGAGGAGAAGGCAAGAGAACAGGAGAUGCCAACCAACCCCCCACCCGAGGGAGAGAGAGAGAGAAUGAGAAUCUGUGCCUGGUGGGAUUAA